GUGCACAAACUUUCCCAGCAAAAAAAAAUUAAAGGUAAGUCAAAUCAAAUCAAUUCGAUGUGAUGAAUUACUCAAGUUGAAUAGCUUAUCUAGAUACCAUGGGAUUCAUAACAACUUCAUUUCCUCAAUUCCCACAGUUUACUGUGUUCAUUUCAUUAUUCACAAAUAUCAAAACAGAAACUUCAGCCACCAUAAAGUCUGAGUUAAUUGGUGCUAAUAAAGAUUAUGAUUUCUGUUUCUUGAAUACCAAUCAUAUUAUAUCCCUAGAACAAUUAUAUGCUAGUAUACAUAGGUCGAUCUUAAACCAAUCCAAUGAAUUAAUGAAGGCCAAGACUUUAAAUACGGAAAUAAUCUUCAACUUAUCUUCUGUAAAUAAUAUCAUGGAUGCUUUGAAAAGAUUUGGGGUAGAUGAAUCAUGUCCAAACUUGAUAGUUAUCAAAGUGUUAAAGACAGAUGAAAUUGAAUCUGAUACGUUAAAAGAGUUAAAUCAACAUUUGUUAAAGUUACUCGAUGUCGACGAAUCCCAUAAUAUAGAAUUAAAUGAUGAAAUACUAUUCAGUAAACUUGCAAGUGUUCAAAAGACAAAGAAAUUAUACAAAUUAAACGAUGCUACAUAUUCAGGAAACGAAAGUGAGUUACAAGCUGAGUUAACAAGAUUAAUAAUAGGAGCUACUCUUUUAAGAGGGUUUUAAAUGUUACAUAGACUGAUACUGUUAAUAGAUUAUAAAUGCAAUAGAAA